AUGGCGUCCGACCUCCCCGCCUCCGUUGAGGCCCUCACCCUCCAGUCCACCUCCAAGACAUCCAGCUUUCCCGCAUGCUUCCCCUCAUUGAACCCUAUGGACAUCUACCGUGAGCACAUUGCCACGGAGCUCAGCAAAACCACCGAGAUCGACUCUGAGUUGAUCUAUUCUCGUCUGGCGUGGACAAACACAUUAGACAAGGGUGAUUUGUCGCUGCCGGUCGCCGCCCUGCGCAUCAAGAAGAAGCCUCAAGAGCUCGCCGAGGAAUUGGCCUCCAAGUUCCCUGAAUCGGAUCUCUUCUUCUGCAAGCCUCUGCCUCUGGCCAAGACUGUCCUGGGUCGUGUCCUGACUGAGAAGGCCGCCUAUGGUACAAACGGAAACCUGGGUCUCAAGGACCCCACGGACCCUUCCAAGGGCCAGAAGAAGAUUAUCAUUGAGUUCUCUUCACCCAAUAUUGCCAAGCCUUUCCACGCUGGUCACCUGCGAAGUACCAUCAUUGGUGGUUUCCUCGCCAACCUUUACACUGUUCUGGGAUGGGAUGUCGUUAAGAUGAACUACCUCGGUGACUGGGGCAAGCAGUACGGUCUGCUGGCCAACGGAUUUAAGUACUUCGGUGAUGAGGAGGCCCUGCAAAAGGACCCCAUUAACCACCUUUUUGAGGUUUAUGUCAAGGUUAACCGCAUCGUCGGCGAGCAGGACGCCCCCAUCAAGGAGCUGAAGGAGAAGAUCAAGGAGAAGAAGGAGAAGAGCGAGGAUGUUUCCACUGAAGAGGCCGAGCUCGCCAAACUGGUUGACGUCAGCGAGGAUGAGAAGGCCCGUCGCUACUUCAAGAGCAUGGAGGAUGGUCACCCCGAUGCAUUGGCUUUGUGGCGCCGAUUCCGUGAUCUCAGUAUCGCCAAGUACAAGCAGACAUACGCUCGUCUUAACAUUGAUUUCGAUGUCUACUCCGGUGAAUCCCAGGUCAAGAGCGAGAGCAUGACCGAUGCCUACAAGGCUAUGGAGAAGGCCGGCGUUGCCGAGGAGUCUGAAGGAGCUGUCAUUGCUGACUUCACCAAGCACGGUGCUAAGAAGCUGGGCAAGGCUAUCAUUGUCCGUAAGGAUGGCACCCCUCUUUACCUGACCCGUGAUAUCGGUGCUAUCACCGAGCGUGAUGAGACCUACAACUUUGACAAGAUGAUCUACGUUGUUGCUGCCCAGCAGGACCUUCACCUUGCCCAGCUCUUCAAGAUUACCGAGCUCAUGGGCCGCAAGGAUCUCUCCGACCGUUGUGAGCACAUCAACUUCGGUAUGGUCCACGGUAUGAGCACCCGUAAGGGUACAGUUAAGUUCUUGGAUGAUAUCCUGCGUGAUGUCGGUGACAAGAUGCACGAGGUUAUGAAGAGCAACGAGGUCAAGUACUCACAAGUCGAGAACCCCGUCGAGACUGCCGAUACCCUGGGUAUCACCGCCGUUAUGGUCCAGGAUAUGACUGGCAAGCGCAUCAACGGUUACACCUUCAACCUCGAGGCUAUGACCUCCUUCGAGGGUGACACCGGCCCUUACCUGCAGUACGCCCACGCUCGUCUCUGCUCAAUGGGUCGUAAAUCUGGCCUGGACCUCGAUGACCUUGCCGACGCCAACUUCGAUCUCCUCCACGAGCGACACGCUGUUGACCUCAUCCGUCUCCUUGCUUCAUGGCCUGAUGUCCUCGUUAACACCGCCAAGACUCUGGAGCCCGUCACCGUGCUUGCCUACCUGUUCCGCAUGACCCACAUGUUGAGCUCCAGCUACGAUGUCCUCAAGGUCAUCGGUAGCGAGCCCGAUGUCAAAAAGGCCCGUAUGGCUCUGUACUCUGCUGCUCGCCAGGUUCUCCACAACGGUAUGCGGGUUCUUGGUCUCAACCCCGUUCAGCGCAUGUAA